ACAUGAAAAUAAGUUGUAUCUGAUAUACGAUUAAUAUAACGCAUUGAUAUUACGGAAAGCAAAUACGGAGAUUUAUUUACUAGGAAUUUCAUUAAUUAUUAAACUUUACAAAUAUGUCAUCCUUAACGAAACCUAAGUCAGAAAUGACGCCAGAAGAAUUAGCAAAGAGGGAAGAAGAAGAAUUUAAUACUGGACCGCUUUCAGUAUUAACUCAAUCAGUUAAGAAUAAUACACAAGUUUUGAUUAACUGUAGAAACAAUAAAAAGUUACUUGGUAGAGUAAAAGCAUUUGACAGACAUUGUAAUAUGGUAUUGGAAAAUGUAAAAGAAAUGUGGACGGAACUACCACGUACCGGUAAAGGAAAAAAGAAGGCAAAACCUGUAAAUAAGGAUAGAUUUAUCACAAAAAUGUUUCUUCGUGGAGACUCUGUCAUUCUAGUUCUUAGAAAUCCUUUGGCAACAGCAUCAGGAAAAUAAUUUAAACAAUAGAUUACCAAACAACUACAUUGGAUUUCGUUAUACUAAAGAAUAAAUGUUUUAAUAUAAAUUA